UGGCCGUAUGACUGGUCCAGAGAGAGUCAGCAGCAAAGCAGCUCAAAGAUGGAGUAGGACCUGUGCACAUACACACUCUUACACAUAUUCUUAAUAACACCGCCUUGCUCCAACUGAAGCGCAGCCAUGCAGGAAUCUCCUGGCUCUAUUGGUGUGGAUGGAGGUUAUGCCAGUAAUGUGCCUGCCUUCCUCACCAAACUGUGGACCCUGGUCGAGGACCCGGACACCAACCACCUCAUCUGCUGGAGUGCUCCUCCACAAUCUGGCUUACAGAGUCCUCAAAAUACUGGGACCAGCUUCCAUGUGUUCGACCAGGGCAGGUUUGCCAAAGAGGUCCUGCCAAAAUACUUCAAACAUAACAACAUGGCCAGCUUUGUUCGUCAGCUCAACAUGUAUGGCUUCAGGAAGGUGGUGAACAUAGAGCAGAGUGGUCUGGUGAAGCCAGAGAGAGACGACACAGAGUUUCAGCACCUCUACUUCCUGCAAGGCCACGAACACCUGCUGGAGCACAUCAAGAGGAAGGUCUCCAUCGUGAAGAGUGAAGAGACUAAAGUACGGCAGGAGGACUUGAGUAAGCUGCUGUAUGAAGUACAGGUACUGCGCAGCCAACAAGAGAACAUGGAGUGUCAGAUGCAAGAUAUGAAACAUGGUCUGUCUUACUCCUCCAGGCAGAAUGAGGUGCUGUGGAGAGAGGUGGUCUCACUGAGACAGAACCACACCCAGCAGCAGAAAGCCAUGAAUAAGCUGAUUCAGUUCCUUUUCAGCCAGAUGCAGUCAAACACACCCAGCACUGUAGGAAUGAAGAGAAAGCUUCCCCUUAUGUUGGACGAUGGCUCAACCACGCCCCCAGCCUCCAAGUUCAGCCAUAACCACCAAAUGGAGCCAUUCCAUGAACCGUUCUAUAUCCAGUCGCCAUCCACAGAAACAGCCUCUUGCUCCAAUAGUGCAAUGACAGGAGGACCAAUCAUAUCAGACGUUACUGAAAUGUCACAACCCAGCAACAUGCAAAUGCAAACAGAGGAGACAAGGGAUAAGUGUAUGAUGCUGAUCAAAGAGGAGCCAGGGAGCCCAGGGGUGCGAGGCCGGGGGGAGGGGGUCCCACUGGGCUCCUGUGAGGUGUGUUCUGAACCCCCCGUCCUCCCUGUUGCCAUGGUACAAUCCGUCCUGGAGGGCCGAGGGUCUGGAGCAGACAGGAGGCUCAAGAGACCUGCUCUGGAGAGGCCUGAGGUACCUGAUGCUGAAGAGAAUGUGGACAUGAGUCUGGAGGACCUGCAGCUUCUCCUGAGGACCCACCAGCAGAGUGUGGAGCCCACCACAGCUGUCAUGGAUCCAUUCAAUUUCAACCUGCCCUUGAGUGAGUGGAACUUUACUGAUAUGGAUUCCAACCUGAAAUCAUACAUGUUUCAGAGUCAGGAGGCAGAGGCUUACCCCAACGCUGGUUGUGAGGAACAGUGAUGGCUUGACAGAUCCGCUGGCACAUGCUUGUCCUGACAAAGGCAGGCCAGAAAACAAGACAUUCCUCAAGGCUCUCAGAUUUGUUCCAUCCCCUGUCGCCAUGUUUUAGAUCCAGCCUACCUGACCCAAUGUGACCAGAGCAGGAGGGAUUCUUGUCACUCAGAGCUCUGUGGGCCUAUCUUCCAUCCACUAGGAUGUCCGUUCUGGGGAGUUUUCAGAAGCACUGUAUAGCUUUUCAGAGAACCAGAGUUGAAUCUAUUUGGAAUUAUUCAGACUUCUUUCACUGAUGUUCAACAGUUUUACUGGUGGGGACCCUGGCAGUUGUCACUUCAAAGGCUGACCUGCAGGACAUCCUAACAUAAGCAAUGGCUUCUCUCCUAAAGCUGGACUGAUCUACAGUCAGAAAGCCUGACUGAGGGAUCUUAAUUCAUAAAAGACCAACCGACCAGUUGACAUUUCAAGGAUCAAUUCCGAGUACAAAAGUGGAGUUUGGAGUAUAACCGGCACUAUUACGAAGUUCCAAUAUUCUCUGCCAUCAUGCCAACGGUAGUAUGAAAAGUUGCAUCAUACCACGGUGGCCCUGGUUUGUAAGCACUUUAGUCUCUGUGUGAGAGUUUCUGCUUGUGGAGCAGAUUUUUUUCCAAAAUAGCAUAUUUGGUUGUAUAAAAAUAUUCUCAUGACAAAUACUAUAUUUGUAUUUAAAAAUGAUAUUCAUAAGAUAACAGAAAUAGUGUUACUUCUCUUCUGUAUGUUUUAAUGUGAGAAGUCUAGGAAAUAUUUGAUGAUAGAAUUCCCAUUUGAAAAAACAAUGAAGACACCAUACAUUG